AUGCUCCCUGCAUUGCCUCAUAGAUCCAAUAUCCAAGUUUCUCUUCCUAAUCCUAGCAUAUUAUAACUUAGGAACAAAUUACAUUAAUUCUCAAAGUUUUUUGACACAUGGCUCAAACCCACAAUAUCCUCCUGAUAGUAUUUCCGCUGCAGGGCCAUAUUAACCCUACCCUCCAACUUGCCAAGCGACUGGCUAAUCUUGGCGUUCGUGUCACCUACAUGACGACGGUCUCCGCCAUUAACCGCAUGAGCGAAGGAUCGGCUAUUGAGGGCAUAUCAUUUACAGGCUUCUCCGAUGGUAACGUCAAGGACAACAUUGACGAACUUACUUAUGAGCUGGAGCGUUGCGGUUCUCAAGCCUUGAGAGAUUUCGUUGCUGGCAGGAUCAAAGAAGGAACGGGCUUCACUCAUAUUAUCUACUCUCUUCUUUUUCCUUGGGUAGCGACGGUGGCGCAUGAGUUUCAAAUCCCGAUAACAUUUCUUUGGGUUCAAGCUGCCAGCAUCUUGAACAUCUAUUACCAACGUUACAUGACAGAUUAUGGUGAUUUCAUUGCCAAAAACAUUGAUGAUCCUUCAUUUUCUUUCGAACUACCGGGAUUACCACCUCUCAAAAGUGAUGAUUUACCCUCCUUUCUCCUCCCCUCAAAUCGAUAUCAAUCAGCCAUUCCUAUAACAAGAAGGCACGUACAGAUCCUCAACGAAGAAACCAAACCUAAAGUUUUAGUUAACACCUUUGAUGCCUUGGAAGCAGAGGCUCUCAAAGCAAUCCAAAAUUACAACAUGGUUGGAAUCGGAAUUAAUGAUUAUAAUUUUGACAACAGAGCAGUUGAUGAACUUACGUCUCUGCUGGUUGAGGAAUUAUAAGAGGCCAAGAGCUUUUCUUUUUCUUUUUCUUUUUUUUCUUUUUUUUUUUUUUUAUGGCGAUACCCAUUAUCUUCUCAUCUUCCAAAGAGAUAAAGAUAAGGUUAUUCU